AUGGUCACAUGGCAUGGACUAGCUGAUGAAGCCAUCUUCGCCAACGGAACAUCGGACUAUCACCAAAAGGUACUGGAGCGGGAUCCCUCAGCUGUGGGGCUUUAUCGCUAUCUCGAGGCUCCUGGGGUGGCGCACUGCCAGGCGUCGAGUUCUAGUGCCCCAUAUCCCCAAGACGUCCUGGAGAGCUUGGUUGCGUGGGGGAAGAGGGAAAGGCGCCAGAAACGCUCAGGGCGGAGUGGAAGGAUAUGA